UUGAGCAGCCUGUGGCAUCUCUGUCAGAUUCCCAGCUCCUUUCCUCGCACUCUCCCUUCUCUCCCUUCCCUCGGAGCCGCGCGUCCUAGUGAGCCAGCCAGCCCCCCCCCGGCAGGGUCCUCCUGCUUGAAGUGCAACAAUGCUGUUAGAGGGAGUCCUGCUGGUAGCACAAGCCUUGCAGCUUGCCAGUGCCCUGGACCUGUCCGCCGGCUCCUGUGCCUUUGAAGAAGGCACUUGUGGCUUUGACUCGGUGUUUGAAUUUCUGCCUUGGAUUUUAAAUGAAGAAGGCCAUUAUGUUUAUGUGGAUACCUCUUUUGCCAAGCAAGGGGAGAAAGCUGUGCUGCUGAGUUCUGAUCUGCAGGCUGAGGAGUGGCACUGCCUGCGCUUGGUCUACCAGAUAACCACAGCUCCGGGAUCCCCGUCAGACCCCAGCCAGCUGAACCUGUAUGUGAGAUUUGAGGAUGAAAGCUUUGAUCGCUUGCUUUGGUCCACCAAGGAGCCUUCAGACAGCUGGCUCAUAGCCAGUCUGGAUCUUGAAAACAGCACCAAGAAAUUCAAGAUUUUGAUAGAAGGUGUCCUGGGACAAGGAAACACGGCCAGCAUCGCCCUUUUUGAAAUCAAGAUGACAGCCGGCUACUGUAUUGAAUGCGACUUUGAAGAAAACCAUCUCUGUGGCUUUGUAAACCGCUGGAAUCCCAACGUGAACUGGUUUGUUGGAGGAGGAACUACAAAGAACAGCCACUCGGUCCUCCCGCAGGACCACACCUUCAGGAGCGAGCAGGGCCACUACAUGUACGUGGACUCUGUUUACGUCAAGCACUUCCAGGAAGUGGCUCAGCUCAUCUCCCCAGUGACCACAGCCCCCAUGUCUGGAUGUCUUUCAUUCUAUUACCAGCUUCAGCAGGGGAAUGACAAUGUCUUCUCUCUCUACACUCGGGACAUGGCUGGCCUGUACGAGGAGAUCUGGAAAGUGGACAGUCCAGGCAAUGCCGCCUGGAACCUUGCAGAAGUGGAGUUCAGUGCUCCUUACCCCAUGGAGGUUAUUUUUGAAGUUGCUUUCAAUGGUCCCAAAGGAGGCUAUGUUGCCCUAGAUGAUAUUUCUUUCUCUCCUGUUCACUGCCAGAAUCAGACAGGGCUUCCUUUCAGUGCUGUGGAAACAAGCUGUGAUUUUGAGGAAGACCUCUGCAACUUCUAUCAAGACAAAGAGGGUCCAGGUUGGACCAGAGUGAGAGUGAAACCAAACGUGUAUCGGGUGGGAGACCACACAACAGGGACAGGGCACUAUCUUCUGGCCAACACUAAGUUUACAUCCCAACCUGGCUACAUUGGAAGGCUUUACGGUCCCUCUCUACCAGGAAACAUGCAGUACUGUGUGCGCUUUCAUUAUGCCAUCUUUGGAUUUUGGAAAAUGAGUGACACCCUAGCAGUUUAUCUCUUUGAGGAAAACCACGUGGUUCAAGAGAAGAUCUGGUCUGUGCUGGAGUCCCCGAGGGGUGUUUGGAUGCAAGCGGAAAUCAGUUUUAAGAAGCCCAUGCCCACAAAGGUUGUUUUUAUGAGCCUAUGCAAAAGCUUUUGGGACUGUGGACUUGUAGCCCUGGAUGACAUUGCCAUACAAUUGGGAAACUGCCAGUCUCCAGAGAGACUUCCUCCUCCACCUGGAGAGUGCACUUUCGACCAAGAUGAAUGUGCGUUUACACAGGAGAAAAGAAACCGGAGCAGCUGGCACAGGGGGAGGGGAGAAACACCCACCUCCUACACAGGACCCAAAGGAGAUCACACUACUGGGGUAGGUUACUACAUGUAUAUCGAGGCCUCCCACAUGGUAUAUGGACAGAAAGCACACCUCUUGUCCCAGCCGCUGAGAGGCGUCCCUGGGAAGCACUGCUUGACUUUUUUCUACCACAUGUAUGGAGCAGGAACGGGCCUGCUGAGUGUGUAUUUGAAAAGGGAAGAAGACAGUAAGGAGUCCCUGCUGUGGAGAAAAAGAGGUGAGCAGAGCAUCUCCUGGCUGCGGGCCCUGGUUGAAUACAGCUACAAGAGGCAACACCAGAUAAUUUUUGAAGCCAUUCGGGGAGCAUCAAUAAGAAGUGAUAUUGCCAUUGAUGAUGUUAAAUUUCAGGCAGGACCAUGUGCAGAAAUGGAAGAUACAACUCAACAAUCAUCAGGAUAUUCUGAAGACUUAAAUGAAAUUGAGUAUUAAGAAAUGAUCUAAAUUGGAUUAAGAAGAUAGAAGUUGUACCUCUCUUCAAAGUGAAAACAGAAGAAACGAAUACUGGAUAUUCUUAACUAUUGCCUAAAUUGAAACGACUUCAGAACACCCUCUCUCAUUACUUUUGAAAACUAUAUCUAUGUAUAUAUAUAUUGUUGACUCAGGGCUUUUGUCUUUUUUCCCCUGCACAUUUGACAACUGUUGCUAGAAGUACAGGCUACUGGUUUUGCAUAGACUGUUUCAGUUUAAUUUUGGUGCCAUCUGAAAUACAAAUGCACUAUCGUGUUGUCAUUUCAAAGUAGACAUGUAAAGGGCACAGUCAAGAUGAAUGUGCUUAUUUAAGCCUGCAUUCAGUGAAUGUAUUGGGAGAUGAUGUCUUGGUGGUUUUCCUUUUGAGUUUCGAGUAUGAAAAUUUUACUGAAAUAAUGCAAGGUGUCAGUAAUAUCUGCAAAAUGAAUUCAGUGUUCAUGGUAACAAGUUAUUCUGGAAAUAAAGUCUUGUUUGUAUAUUUUUUUUCAUAAAAACGGCUAUAAAUCUUUACUAUUUUACGAUAGGUAUGCGAAAGGAGUGUUCAUAGAGCCCCAGAGUAAAUCCACACUAAUGAAUGCUGCACUGCAAGGCAAUGCUACCUUCACUGUUCUCUAUUUGAACUUCUGUGGACAGUUACUAGGAGCAUCUGGAUAGAAAUGCACCUUUUCGAAAAGGCAUGCUUGAAUUUUUUUAUAUACACACACCCCAAAAUUUUUAUUGUUAAAACAACUUGUUAAACAACUUGACCGAUUUUUAUAAUAAAUGUUUUUGUGAUAUUUCAAGUAGUAUAUAGUGUCUAUAAACUAUGGUUUUCUCUUGACUUAUUUAGAGAAUGGUAUAUAUGUGUGCAAUUGUGUGCCAAACAGCUGUCUAAAACUUUAAA